AUGCUCUUUGGAAAAUCCAUUUCUGAUGCCUCUAUUAGAGUUGGUAUUACGAUCCGCAACAAUGAGGCUUGGACCUGUGAGUCUGUAUUGACAAACAAAGAAGUCAAUCCAAUUGGCGGAACGAUAAAUUUUCCAAAGUUGACUUCUUCUAGCCUUGCGAAUCUACGCUAUGUUGACUAG